AUGGAGAAGGUGAAGGAGUUGGCCGGUACAUUCAUCGCGGACGACCUCGUGUCGGUCGAGCUACAAGACGGUGGCACAUUCACUGUGCAAAAGGCCCUACUUUCUGGAGCUUCUGAGUACUUUCACAAAGCGCUGGACGGCCGCUUCCUCGAAAGCCACAACAGAACUCUGCAUCUUCCGGGGUGCUCUACUGCCAGCUUCGAACUCAUUCUCUACUGGCUUGUCAAUCUACGUCUUCCGGACUUCAGCGAUGAGCUAGAAGAGCAGUGCGACGUAAUACAUUCGUACGAAGAGAGCGUUGGACCGGAGGCGCGGGCCACCGCCGUCGACAUGGUCAAUCUCUGGAUAUGUUGCGACAUGCUCCUCAUGCCAGCACUACAGAACGAAUCCGCUCGCCGCUUGAUCGACAUCCUGUGCGUCUUCAGCAGUGCACCCGAAGCCACACGAAUCGCGUUUGCAGAGACCGCUCCUGAAUCAAUUUUGCGACGUCUUCUGGUUGCGUGCUUCAUGCAGACGGCGCUUCCGUGGGGAGGAGUUUUGCAAGAGGAUCACGGCGAGUUCAAAGAGAUGGGAGGCAUACCAGGCUUUCUUGCGGCGCUUGUUAAAGCGCUGAGCUCUUGUCCUGUGAAGGGGUGCAGCGUAGCCAUAUGCAAGGAGCAAGAUCACAGAGAACCCAACGGCGAGGACUUCAUGGUACCGGAAAAGAAUGCAUAG